ACGACAAAGAAAAGAAACAGAUGUAAACUCGAAGGUGUUAAAUACAACAGCCUAAUUUCCGCCUCUGAUUUGAUUUAUCCAAAUCCCGAACUCAGCUCGAUGGAAGAAUCAUCGAAACGACCCGACCCGAUCCACAAACCGCCGGAAUCAUCGCCGGCAACCAAAUUCUCCUUCCCGAGACUCCUUCUCUGGUUCGAUCAGUCGAGCCGCCUUAAAACUCUGAUCUCGUGGUCCCUCUUCUUCCUCCUCGCCGUCAUCGUCCCGAUGAUCUCACACUUCGUGCUCAUCUGCACCGAUUGCGAUUACAAACUCCACCGUCCCUACGACGCAUUGGUCCAGCUCUCUCUAUCGAUCUUCGCCGGAAUCUCGUUCGUCAGCCUCUCCCAUUGGUCCAAGAGAUACGGUAUCCGCAAGUUCUUGUUCCUCCAUAAACUCAAAGACGUCAGCGAUAAAGUUAGGAUCGGGUAUGAAGCAGAAAUCCAGAGAUCAAUGAAGCCACUGGCUAUCUUCGUCCUCCCAUCGCUUACACUUCAAGCGAUCUAUCGCAUCUGGUGGUAUGUUACUGGCUCCAACCAGAUACCUUACUUUAUCAACCCAACGUUGAGCCACGUCUUAGCAUGCACACUCCAGCUCUCUUCUUGGCUAUACCGUACAUCACUCUUCAUCAUCGCUUGUCUCGUCUACCAAGUCGUCUGCCACCUCCAGAUCCUUCGUCUAGAGGAGUUCGCUCGCUGCUUCGCCUCUGAGAUCACUGACUUUAGCGCCACGCUCGCUGAACAUUUGAAGAUCCAUCGUGAACUGAAGAUUGUUAGCCACCGUUUCAGGCGGUUCAUAGUACUGUCUUUGUUUUUUGUCACUGCCACUCAGUUCAUGGCGUUGCUUACCACCAUAAGAGCUAGUGUUCCCUUUCAUAUCUACGAAGUUGGCGAGCUCGCGUUAUGUUCCAUAAGUUUAGUGUCAGGGCUUUUCAUAUGCUUGAAAAGCGCAACGCAGAUGACUCACAAAGCUCAAUCUGUAACCAGCAUAGCCACUAAAUGGAACGUCUGCGCUAGUCUAGACACGUUUGAUGAUCUUGACAAUGGAGAAACUCCUAAAUAUCCAACAUCCAGACAGCAUUUCCAGAUUUUGUCACGUCGUCGUGAUGUUAGUCGAUCGUCUGAUGAUGACGAAGAUGGAGAUAGUGAUCUUGACAAUACCACUAUACAUCCAAUCUAUGCGCGAGCCAUUUCUUUCCAGAAACGUCAAGCUCUAGUGACAUAUCUAGAGAACAACAAAGCGGGAAUCACUGUUUACGGAUUCUUGGUGGAUAAAACAUGGCUUCGUAUGAUCUUUAGCAUUGAGCUCGCUCUUCUUCUAUGGCUUCUCAAAAAGACAAUCGUGAACAUAACAUGAAAAUGAAACCAGUGUCUUGGUUUCUCACACAACACACGACAAGAUUAGUGUCAGAGAUGAUUUUUCCACAAUGCGAGUAUCACAGCGUUAUUUUGUAGAUCGUCUAUGGAUGGAAAUUUAUGUAUGUUUAUCAAUGUUUGAUCUCUGUGAGUUAUAUAUGUAUGUAUCCAGCUCAGGUUUAUUGUUGUGUAAAACUGAUAUUCAUAGUGACGAAUUUUUGGGUGAAUGUAUGAUUUAUAAACCGGAGCUUCUAGCUCUAGUGGUAAAGAGUUUA